GAUCGUCAUCAUGGUGUCUGGAAAGCGCCUGGCCGACAUCGGCUACAAGGCCUUUUCCACCUCGAUGAUACUGCUGACGGCCUACGGAGGCUACCUGUGCGCGCUCCGAGCGUACCGAUACACGGAGAAGCAGAAACAGCUGAAACUGGCAGCAGAAAACCAGGAUCCUGAAGUCAUGAAAGGCUGACGUCAGAUGUCUUUUUGCACAGAUGUGGACAUUUCCCCCCCAAUUCCUCCUUCCUUUUUUUUUUUUUGUCCAUUACUUAAAUCAUGAAGAUGUUAAUUCUUCUCAGGACGUUUGUGUGACUAAAGAUAUUGUUCCCUCGCAAGGAAGAUGUUUAAAAAGAAAAAAAAAACACCACACCAAGCAAAUUACCCAAGAAAAUAUUUGCAUCAGUGGCCUAUGUAAAAAUCCAUGUUGUGAAUGACACUGUUUCAGGAGUGGAGAUGGCUGUAAUUGUUUGUACUAUGUGAUUAUUAAAUGCCUUUAACCACA